GGACCGUCUCACUUGUCUCCUGCUUGAGUCUCAGCAGAUGCAGGACAGCAGCGGCUCCGCGGAACCAUGAGGCUUUUCUGCUGCGUCUUUCUGCUCUUCCUGCGCAGCGCGGACCUCCGUCAUGUCCUCACAGCCGCAGACGUCCAGGCGGAGGAUGCUGCGGGUCUGGCUGCGGGGACGGAGGAGAGGACCGGGCCGGAAACUUUCAGCCUGAAGCGGGUCACUCGAGGAGCCAAAGAUGGGAGUUUCAGGAAAAGAGACCCGGUUUCCCAGAACAGUCCUCCCCGCAGACACGACGACCCGAGCGGCUUCUUCACCACGCCGAGGACGCACCGCCAGUCCUCCGCCCCGCGGGCCAACUCCUCCGCGGGGCUCCUGAACCCGCUGCUCCCGGUCACGGACGCCUCCUACUGGGCGUACGCGGUGCUGCUGCUGGCGCUCGUGCUGUUCGCGGCGGGUCUCGUGGGGAACCUCGCGCUCAUGUGCAUCGUGUGGCACAGCUUCUACCUGAAGAGCGCGUGGAACUGCAUCCUGGCGGGUCUGGCCUUCUGGGACUUCCUCGUGCUCUUCUUCUGCCUGCCCGUCGUCAUCUUCCACGAGCUCACCUUGAAGCGGUUGCUAGGAGACCUGUCCUGUCGGCUCGUGCCCUACCUGGAGGUGACCUCUCUGGGCGUGGCGACCUUCAGCCUCUGCGCGCUGAGCAUCGAUCGUUUCCACGCCGCCACCUCGCCCUCCCCCCACCAGACGCCGAAGGUGGAGCCGUGCCGCUCCAUCCUGUCCAAGGUGGGUGUGAUCUGGGUCGGCUCCAUGGUGCGGGCUCCAGAGCUGCUGCUGUGGCAGCUCGUCCAGCAGACCGUCAGCCUGCCGGCGCCGACCUCUGACCUGACGCAGCACCGGCCGGCGGCGUCCCUCCUGGCCUCUCUGAGGGCGGACCGGGUGAAGGUGGAUGCCUGCGUCCGCGAGCCGUGGGCGGAGCUCCCGGAGAGCGUCUACGCGCUGGUUCUGACCUACCACCAGGCCCGCAUGUGGUGGAUAUUCGGCUGCUACCUGUGCCUGCCGCUGCUCUUCACUCUGGCCUGCGACCUGGUGACCAGGAGGGUUCUGUCCCAGCGGGAGCCGCAGAAACCCGGCACCGAGAAGGUGGCCGGCAGAUGCUCUUCCUCCUCUUCCUCCUCCUCUUCCUCCUUGGGGAAGAAGAAGCAGCAAGUGAGGGAGCAGAGGCUGCGUACCGCCGUGAUGGCGCUCACCGCCCUGUACGUCAGCUGUAAUCUGCCUCAGAGCGUGUGCAGCAUCACCCUGGCCUACGUGUCCGCCCCGGUUCUGGUUCUGCCGGCGCUGGCUCUGGUCGAACACUUCCUGCUGUUCGUUCGCUGCUCGGCAACGCCGGUUCUGCUGCUGUGCCUCUGCCGCUCUCUGGGCCAGGCCUUCAUGGACUGCUGCUGCUGCUGCUGCGAAGAGUGCCUCCCUGACUCCUCCUCUUCCUCAUCCUCGGCCUCCACCGCCCCCGCCUCCACCCUCUCCUCGCCCUCCUCACCCUCGCCUUCCUCCCUCACCCCCUCUGGCAAACAGGAGGCGAUGAAGAGCGUGGCGGCAGAAAAGGCCGUUUGUGAGGCAGUGAAAGACUCUGCAGCCGCCAUUGGGACCCCCUGCUGAGCCCAGAACACAAAACGGUCAUUUAAAGGGAUAGUUUGUGUUUUAUACAUCGAGGUUGUGUGGAGUAGUUAUGAGUAAUCAACGUCUUACGUGCAGAAUUCAUUCCAUAGGGCUGAAAGUAGCUGUUUCCAUUACAGUUGUGUUCACAUCUUUGUCUAUAUUCUGAGGUUUGGAUGUGAUGCGUUCACUGACUCUGACUGCUUUCAUUACUUCAUUACUAUCAUAUUCAGAUGUUUACGUCCAGAUUUAAAGUCUGGCUUCUUCUGCUGCAGAAUUCUGAGGCAUGUCGGAUGAAAUGCGACGUCACCGUUCGGACUGAAGAACCUUUGAAAACUAUUGGAUGAGAUUCAGGUCCACAUAUGAAAGCAGCUCUGAUUGGUUUUAUUGGGAGAGAAAAGAUCAGAAUUGGGUCGUUCAGUGAAACGGAUGGAUAUGGACAAAACCGAAUUGUGCUUGUCUUUUGCUGUGUGAAUGUAACCACAACAGGUUAGAUACUGACUGCUUGGAACUGCUCCAUACAUCCUCUUUUCAUUUUUUUAAAAUGAUCCUUUUUCAUAUUAUGAAUUCUUGGGUUUUAUUUUAACAUUUUGAAACAGUAAAAAUCUGACGUAAUAAAAGCCGAGCUGCUUUCAGGAAACAUUUUCUUUUUUUCAUAUUUUUCUUUGAUCCAGAAGAAUGAAAGAUAAAAACUUUUUCUGAUUUUAUUUUAUUUAUUCUGGAAUUGUGGACAAAAUAAAACCCAAGAAAUAAUUUUAUGUAAUAUUUUCAGGAGGUUCUGUAGAGUAGACAAUUAUGUCACUUUAGUUAGAAAAUUACACAUUUUAGAGGAAUUUCUUUGUAAGUGUUUGUAGAUGAAUAUUCUUACUUUUUCCCAGUUUCUUAUUUUCCUUUUUUACUAAUAUUUAUUCAGGAUUUGUCUCCGUCCUGUUCUCAGUACUGUACCACAUGGAAACUAAUUAUAUUUGCUAAAAUGAGGCUAAAUUCAGUUAUUCUGAACUAUGGCUGUUUAUUUUACAGCAUGUUUUUGCUGAACAUUUUUUUACAUUUUGUUUCAAUAAAGUAUUAUUUUUCUUCUUGAAUGUUAACAUUUGUUAUUUCUCUGCUAACAGAAUCGUUCUUUUCAACAUUUUCUUCACAUUUUGCUAUUUUUUCUUAGGACUGGUUGAAUAUUUUCUCCACAAUCACAGAUUCAGGGAACUUCAAUUUUACUAUGUUUCUCUGUGAAUUUAAUAAAAAGAAUGAAAAUAAAGAUAAACACUUUUUGGGUGA